AUUCCCAAAACCUUUCUCAAACUCCAAAAGAACGCUGGAUUUAGUGGUGGAAAUCGCAGAAGCAACAAUCAAACCCAAUCACAAAAGUGUGAUUGAAUGAAAUUUGCCGGUAAACCCAGUAGCAUUGCAUUUAUAUAGCCAAAGCAAAAACAAGCAUGGUACCUAAGAAAUCAAAAAAUGCUACGAAAAGUGGAGCUAAAAAAGGCAAGUCUCAAAAAGUAGGCAAGGGAGAACCAAAGAAAGAUACCAAAUCAAAAACAGAGGAUCCAUCUUCAAAAGAAGCUGAUAAUUUACUCCAGCGCCGAAAAGACCUUCGAGUGCAAUAUCUCUCUUUUAGCGAAAAAUAUGCAACAGAUCCAAUACCAGGUGUGCUGAAGCGAAUAGACGAGGCUAUUGAAAAAAACAGUGAUAUUGCACAACUCAUUAUCAAUAUAAACUGUGUGCGACCAAAUGAUAUUGCUGCAAUUCGAUCAACCUUUCGAAAGUAUACUCCGCUGAUUGGAAUGUGUUUUUGGCGAACCAAAUUUCAUGCUUUGGCACUUCCCAUAUUGGUUGAUGUAUUUUUGAUGAAACAAACGUUAGUUUCAUUGCAGCUAAUUGGAAAUGGGCUGGGAGAGUUGCAUGCAAUCACAUUGGCAAAAUUAUGUAGAGAAUCGAAUAAACUAAAAAUCCUAAUGGUCGAUCACAACUAUUUUGGCGGAAAAGGGUGUGCUCAAAUCAUUGAUGCACUUUCUGAAAAUAGUACAGGGGCUUUUCAGAAACUAUCGAUGCGGUACUGUCAGAUGGAUGAAAGCGCAUCGCCAGCGCUCGAAAAGCUAAUUUCGCACCAUUUGACACUACGAGUUUUGGAUAUAGGCGGGAAUCAACUUCGAGAUCAAGGACUGUUACCCAUUUCCAGAGCCCUACUUUGCACAAAAACCUUGAUGACAUUAGGGCUUGCAUUCAACGAAAUUUCCGACACUCUUGUGCAAAGUAAUUUGCCUUUUGCAGACCUAUGCAAAAGUAUUGGAUCCAGCACUUUAACAUUGGUCGAUCUAAGUGGCAAUUUUUUUGGAGAUCAUGGUAUGGAUAAAAUUUUCGACAUGCAGCAAAUUCGACGAGCGCAGUGGCAGGCAGGAAAAGCACCACCGCUAAAGGUGUUGGUGCCAGAACGAUCAAAUAGUGCCGUUUUUGACGCAAUAUGGAAACUCAAUGCUGGCCCAAAUGAUUUGCGCAAAAACCGACGCAAAUAAUCUCAGGAUGCAUAGAUAACAGCCAUUUGAAAAUUGUAUAAUUUCAUUCAAGUAUCUACUAGUAGUUUAUUAAUAUAUGUUUGCUCAUAUUGGAGUUUCUUC